AUGCAGAACACUUACACCCCCAAGCCACACCGAUUCGUGUGCAUUGCACGAGCAACGUGCUACGAUUGUCAAACUGCGUCAGCACGAGCAUGGACUGAGGAGGCCGAGCGAAGCAGCACCAACUCUACUCCGCUCAGCCUGAUAAUGGAAGACAAAGAGGCUUUGAUGCCGGUCCCCAUCCCUCACUCGGAGGCAGGAAAACAUCUGCGCUUCAACAAGUGCCACCCUCAUGCAUCGUGGACAAAUGAGGAGCAAAGCCUUGCAGCACUGGAAGCGAUGGAGGGUUCUACAGUGUGCCAGAAUUGUGUGGACCCAACUUUUGAGGAAGUGAAACCUCUGGUGCCUUCUCGGGCACCGAGUGUGAGGGUGGAGAACAAUGGGUUAGUGAAUGGGUCGGUUGUUGAGCUGGAGUUGGGCGGACCGUCCGACUGUCCUAUUAGUGUUCAGUUGUUAUAUCGCCUUCGGAGAGGAUGCGAGUCUCCGAGCCACACCUUGCACCACGAAGCCAUCCCGCCCACUAAAUUGCUUCGCCUCGGUGUGAGCACAUGUAGGACUGAGGAGAAAUCCGAUCGGCCGGCUUGCCUCUCCACCACGCACACUGUCACCUCCGCCAUGGAUCCCGACGCACCGUCACCACCCUUCACCGAGAUUGCCUCCUACGUGUGCGAUACAUGCGGCUCGGCAUUCAAGAACGACAUCCUCCUCCGAGCGCAUUUGGUUCAUGAGCAUCAAAGUAGGCGAUUGUUACGUUGA